AUGAGAGUAUCACCAUCCACCACACUCCCACCACCCACCACCCACCACCCCAUCACCAUCACCACCACGAUCGUCGAUCGCAGCCCACCAUCGAUCCGGUUCAUCGCCGAUUUGCUGUCGGGCUCCAAUCUCAUGCAAGGCGGCUCCAGCUCCGGUCCUGGCCCUGAUGUGACAGCGCGAGUGGAUCUCGCUCGAGCCAUGCGAUCGUCAAAUUCACGUCGGUUCAUCCCGGUGGCUUCGGGCGUCGCGGCUGGCGUCGACGCCCUCCUGCCGAUCCGUCGCCAGUGGCACUCUCCUAGCCAGUGCCAGUGCUCCUAG